AUGCUUACCGAGUACCAGCACGCUCCUUCGCUGCUUGGUGACGUUGGGUUGGCCUGGGUGACGCGGGAUGCGGCGGCAUCCCAGGAAAGUCCCGUUAUUCCCGGCAGCCGAGCACACAAAAAGCAACACCACCAAUCCGACGUCAUUGUUCCUGCAGCGCCGUUGAGUUACCCGAGACCCUGGGACGAUCGAGGACGAACCCAGAAAAACCACCUGACGAGGUGUUUGGAGAUACCGGACUCGGAUAGGGGGAACACAACCCAACCCCCGCCGUUCCUCCUUGCAGUGCAGGAUGACGAACGCGGCGUGCCCAGAGCGCUAACCGCUUCCAUGGCGCUGUAUUCGGAUCCCCCGCCCUUACGACCCUUCAGCGAGGUCAAGCCGACGUUGCUAGUGUGCUGGUGGAUCACCAGCUUCUGCGCUGUCAUCAUCGCACUGAGGGUCAUUGGGCGGUUCAUCCGGUCUGAGAAGUUGUUCAGCGAGGAUAAGACCGCUGCCCUGGCGCUCGUGCCUCUGUUCCUGCGAAUGGGCUGCGUUCAUGUCAUCCUAAUUUAUGGCACCAAUAACGUCCGCCUAGAAGGGGCUGAACUUUCAGACGACGAACUCCACAACAGGUCCGUCGCGAGUGGCUUGGUUCUCCUGAGCAGGGUAUUCUACGCCGCGACCCUUUGGAUCCUCAAGUAUGCCAUCCUCGAAUUUUUCAGGAGGCUCAAUAUCACUUGGAGACGGACAUAUGACUUGGCUCUGAUGUUCAUUCGCGGCCUCCUCAUCACGACCUUCAUCGCCGUCCUGAUAAGUGACGUGGCUGAAUGCCAGCCUACUUAUCAAUACUGGCAGGUACUCCCUGAUCCAGGGGGCCAAUGCCGUCAGGGGUAUGCACAGCUCUUGACCAUGGCCGUCUGCAACGUCGUGACGGACUUGUCCCUGGUCAUGUUCCCCGUUCCUGUCAUUCUUAGCAGCUCCAUGAGCGCGAAGCGCAAGUUGCAGCUCGUGCUGCUCUUCUCCCUCAGCAUCGCCCCCGUCAUCGUCACCAUUUACCGGGUGCCACACAUUAUCAACGAACAGGGAAGCCAGCAAACCCGAUCCCUCUACGCUUCCAUCGAACUGCUUUUCGCAACCGCUGCAGCCAACACCCUCGUACUAGGAUCGUUUGUCCGCGACCGAGGCGUCAAGAAGCGAAGAUUCAAAUACGACUCUGUCGCCGCUGUCUCUGCUGAUCACUCAUCCGCUUCCGAAUUUCGACGACCAACCGCCCUCCGACAUUGGGGUAGCGACGAGGACCUCGUGCGAGACCUAGGCCUAGGCGUGGCGCCCGAGCUGCGCGACGCGCACCCCUCGCCGACCGAGAACCGCCAGUACAUUCCCGCCCCGCGCGCCGCCAUGCACCAGGACAUGAACGCCUGGCGCUUCCCGGGCUACGACGGGCCCGGCCUCUCCCGCACGAGCGACGACCCCGCCGGCGACAAGUCCACCCGCAGCGACUCGACCGCCACCCACCGCCGCGUCUCCUUCUUCGACUACGGCGGCCUGCUCGACGACCAGCCCCCGCCGACGGCGACCACGAUAGGAACAGCACCAAAGCUCCCGCGCGCGAGCUCCUCCCUGUCGGGCAGCGACGGUUCGCCGAUGCGGCGGCCCGAGCCCGCUGUCCCGGCGAGCGGGAGCGGGUUCCGCAGGGGCUCGGCCGCGCUGCUGCAGGAUCUGGGCGGCUUCUUGGUCCCCCCCGGCGCGAAGGGUGCAUCGAGAUCGUCCAAGCCGAGGACGAGGAGUGGAAGUAGUCUGUCGCCGAUCAAGCAGGCGAGGAAGGAGGAGGAAUCGAGAUCCCCGCCGCCGCAACCGAGACCAUCGCCGCCACCGCCGCCUUCACAGCCACAAGGUGGGGAUGGGGAGUGGACGGGGGAGCCGCGGCUGAUGGAUGUGGGUGGGUUGUUGGGGACAGGGGAGCAGAGGGGCUGA